UUUUUUAUCUUUAUAAUGGGUGUGUUUAUUUUAUUUUUUUUCCUAAUCUGUUCUGUUCAUUCUUCAGCUCCCCUGGCCAAGAGGUGUUACUCACAUGGUGGGAAGCAGGAGACGGACGAGGAGUUUGACGCCCGCUGGGUUAACUAUUUUAACAAGGCAGAUAUUGAUGCAUGGGAGCUGAGGAAAGGGAUGAACACGCUGAUCGGAUACGACCUGGUACCUGAGCCAAAGAUCCUGGACGCUGCCCUCCGAGCCUGUCGCGGGUUAGACGACCUGGCUAGUGCCAUUCGCAUCCUGGAGGCUGUCAAGGUGAGGGGGGGGGGGACAAAUGAAAGCGUAGAGAAUUCCCUUGAUGGAUACAUUUAUCUUUAAGUCCUAGGAUUGUGA